UCCUCGUUGUGACGUUGUAACGAGAUUUGUUACCUCCCCUUUCUCUGCUUUGCCCGCCCAAAUAUUUACAUAUAAUUCAGUCGCAAUGUCAGCACAGGCGUUACAAACAGACUUUUAUGAUAUGGAUUCGACAGCACCGGCACAAACAAGCAUUCGAGACAGACUCUGACAGUGCUGACUCUGAUGAAAUGGACUGCCCAGAUUUUCUCGGCAUGAGAUGCCAAUGCGACAUACAAGAGGACUUCAAACUGGAGAUGUCUUCGCAUCCUCACAGCAUGAGACAAGUGGUGAACAUCAUCAUUGCUGUGGAAAGACUGAAGCACAUCAAAGAAAUCUCUCCUGGCAAGAUUUGUGAAGAUUCGCUGCUCAGCUUCUUCUUGGAGAAUGUGAUCGAAGGUACAAUUAGCAAACUUUUAUGCAACUGAAACUGGCUUCUGGUGGUUUGAUAGCUGGUCGAGAUGGUUAGAGCUGGAAGGACCACCUUAACCA